UCGCAGUAGAUCUAAACAUGUCUAUCAUAAGUAAAUGCUUGUUUACUAAGGGUUUAUCUAGUGUUAUUGGUGCUCAGAAUAUUCGAUCACUCAGCAAUGCAGCCAAAUACGACGUAGUGGUUAUUGGAGGAGGUAUAGUCGGCGCCGCCUCGGCCCGAGAGCUCCUCAUACGCUACCCCGACCUUAAGAUAGCCCUCCUGGAGAAGGAGCACCGCUUCGCUCACCAUCAGAGCGGGAACAACAGCGGAGUCAUCCACGCCGGCAUCUACUACAAACCCGGCUCGCUCAAGGCGAAGCUUUGCGUUGAAGGACACAUCUUAGCUUACGAGUAUUGCGACAAAAAGAAAGUGCCAUAUUUAAAAUGCGGGAAAUUAAUCGUAGCCACAGAGCGAGCUGAAAUACCUAGGCUGCUAGAACUGUAUGAGAGAGGACAGAAAAAUGGAGUCAAAGAUCUGGAACUCAUGGACAGGAAACAGAUGAAGGAAAUCGAACCAAACUGCGACGGUUUACAAGGCAUCUGGUCUCCGCACACUGGCAUUGUAAACUGGGGGGAAGUCACCCGAUCUUUCGUCGGGGAUUUCGUAGAGCGGGGCGGGCAGCAAUAUUUAAAUUUCGAAGUUAGGAAGUUCGCCGAAGCUGAGGAUAGCGAGUAUCCUGUGAUCAUUUCGGAUGAGAAAGGGCAAGAAGUGCGAGCAGCUCAUGUGUUGACAUGCUGUGGCUUACAUUCUGACACGAUCGCAGUAUUGACAGGCUGCCCUGAGGAGCCCAAAAUAGUCCCUUUCAGAGGAGAAUACUUGUACAUAGUUAGGGAAAAGAGCGAUUUAGUGAAGGCUAAUAUAUACCCGGUGCCGGACCCCAGGUUCCCGUUCUUGGGAGUGCAUCUGACGCCGCGGAUUGAUGGAAGGAUCAUCGUUGGACCAAAUGCGAUUCUGGCGUUUGCGAAAGAAGGAUACAAAUGGGGCGACAUAAACAUGAAAGAACUAAGAGAAAUCUUCAACUUCCAAGGCUUCCGCCAAGUAGCUACCAAAUACGCGUGCUUCGGAGUGAAGGAGAUGGCACGAUCGUGGUUUAUUCCUCUCCAAGUAGCGCAGCUGAGGAAGUUCGUGCUGUCUCUGUCUACCGCCGAUGUCGAGAGGGGACCAUCGGGCGUUAGAGCGCAGGCUAUGGGGAAAGACGGUACAUUAAUAGAGGACUUCGUGUUCGACUCGCAGCCGGGCUCGGGCGGCGCGGGGGGGGGGCGCGUGCUGCACGUGCGCAACGCGCCCUCGCCCGGCGCCACCUCCUCGCUCGCCAUCGCCAAGAUGGUCGCCGACAAGAUGGCCGACCAGUUCCAAUUAUCCAACAAAACCGCAAAAGGCAGCUUAUAGAAAA